AGCGGGUCAUGGUUCAUGCGUGUGACUGUUCUUUAGAUGCGACGCUUCAUGAUCUUGUCAAAGAUUAUUUUGCUGUUGAAAGCUUGGGUGUAAAUCCUACUCUAACUCUGGAGUCAUCAGAAGAUCAACGAGCUAGGCUGAUCCUGCAGCAAACCACCAAGCGUACUGAAACUGGUAGGUUCGAGUGCGGAUUAUUAUGGAAGAGUGACAAAUUUGAGUUUCCCAACAGCUACGUGAUGGCUGAACGGCGAUUGGUUUGCUUGGAGAGAAAACUUAAAAAAGAUGCCGAUUUAAACAGGAAAGUGGCGGAACAGAUUGAAGAAUAUCUCGAGCGCGGUUACGCUCACAAGAUUACAGACGAUGAACUGCGAAAUUCGGAUCCUCAUCGUGUGUGGUAUCUUCCAUUAGGCGUAGUACAAAAUCCACGUAAACCUGGCAAAGUCCGUAUUGUCUGGGACGCGGCAGCACGCGUUGGCGACGUAUCGCUCAACUCCAUGCUUCUAGCCGGACCGGAUUUACUAACUCCACUGCUGAAAGUCAUGUGUGGAUUCCGUCAGCGGCAGUAUGUAUCAGUAGGCGAUGUCCGUCAAAUGUUCCACCAGAUGCUUGUCAAGGAAGCUGACCGUCAGGCUUUGCGUUUCCUAUAUCGACAAAACGCAGCUCAGAAUCCAACUAUCUAUGUAAUGGACGUCGUAAUCUUUGGAGCUUCAUGCUCCCCUUGCCUGGCACAGUACGUAAAAAACUUGAACGCUAGUGAAUUUGAGCAUCACUACCCAGAAGCGGCGGCAGCGAUCAUCAACAAUACAUAUGUCGAUGACUUCUUGGACAGCAGAGAUACGAUCGACGAGGCAGUCAAGAUAGUUGAAGAGGUACGCAUGAUAUACGGCAAGGCUGGAUUUGAAAUCCGGAAUUGGCAAUCUAAUUCCGAAGAAAUUCUGCGACGGGUCGGGGUAGACGCCAACGACGCAGCGAAACGUUUUUCUGUGGAAAAGUUAACGAUAGCAGAACGAGUUCUGGGAAUGAUGUGGAAUCCUGUAGAUGACAUGUUUGUAUUUACUGCACAGUUCCGUGACGACCUGCUUUCUCUACUAUCGGGGGAAAUUGUGCCAACAAAAAGGCAAGUUCUCCGAGUGGUCAUGAGCCACUUUGAUCCGCUUGGUAUAGUGGCAACCUACACAGUACAUGGCAAAAUUUUGAUCCAGGACGUGUGGAGAUCAGGAUUUCGCAAACUGGAAGCGCUGGGUAAAGUUGGUGCCGAAACUAUCGGAGGUUCAAGUACCGAGGUGCUACUUUCCAAACUAUAGUGUGGAAAGUUACAAGUCCCUCGAAGUUCAUAUUUUCGUUGACGCGAGCUUGAUGGCGUAUUGUGCAGUAGCGUACUUUAGAAUUGUCGACGGUGGGAUGCCACGUUGUGCACUCGUGGCUGCAAAAACGAAAGUGACUCCGCUGAAACCUCAGUCGAUUCCACGCAACGAACUGAAUGCCGGGGUGAUUGGAGUAAGACUUCUGAAGAGCGUCGAGGAGAAUCAUUCAAUACCAAUUAGAAAACGGUACAUCUGGACCGAUUCAACUACUGUUUUGUCUUGGUUGAAAGCGGAUCCACGAAAAUACAAACCAUAUGUAGCCUUCAGGGUAGCAGAGAUCCUAUCGGAGACUAGUAUCGAUGAG